AUGGCAAGCCGCCGUAAACUCGAUGAAAACUUCCAAUUGAUCACCAGAAGAAUACCCGAGGAGAACAUCUAUGGUGCUGAUUUACUCCAUGCCGCUCUUGCAAGAGAGGGUAAAAGGCCAGUUGGGCUAUGGGUCACAUCGCCGACAGGGAAGCCACACAUCGGAUAUCUCAUUCCACUUCUGAAAUUCGCAGAUUUCUUGUCGGCUGGGGCUGAGAUCAUCGUGGUCCUCCUUGACGUCUACUCUUUCCUUGACAAUGUCAAGUACCCCAUGGAACAAGUCAUCCAACGCAUGCACUACUAUCGAUUCACCGUCGAGGCGGCGCUGGAAGCCCUGGGGAUCCCGUCCACGAACAUCAAGUUUGUCACCGAAUCCUCGUAUCAGACGAACGCCCGUUUCUUCUUCGACCAGUGCAGGCUGUGCACUCUGGUGCCCCAGCAGGCGGUCAAGGACGCCUGGGACCGCAGCUACAACCCGGACAUGCUGGCGCCGAUGCUCUGCCCGGGCCUGCAGACGCUGGCGGAGGAGCACUUGGACGUUGAUUUCCAGUUCGGAGGAACGGACCAGCGCGGCAUCUUCGAGUUCGCCGAACGCUUCCUGCCCCAGCUCGGAUACCGAAACCGCACACACCUCAUGAACCCCAUGCUGCCGAACCUGUUCGGCGACAAGAUGUCGUCCUCGCAUCCGCCCCACACCAAGAUCAUGUUCCUCGACGACGUCGACACCGUCAACCAAAAGGUGCGGGCCGGGUACUUCUCGAGCAGGGAAAGAUCCAAGAACGGCGUCCUGGCGACCCUGAGAGACGUCCUGAUCCCCUUCAGCCAGCUGCUGAUGGAGCGCUCGGCGGUGGAGGCUAUUCUUUCUUCAGAGCACGGCAAAGGCCCAACUGGCAAGAGUGAUGGCAGUGGCGGUGUAAAACUGUCUGAGCCCUUCUGGACCCCCUCCGCCCCCGAGGGGACCGUCUUCACCUUCAGCUCCGGCAACAAGGGUGACGGGCACCGCCACUACAGCUCCUUCGAGCAGAUCGCGACGGACCUGCACGACCAGACACUGUCCGAGGACGACAUCAUCGUCGCCGUGAGCGCCGCGCUCAACCAGAUCCUCGCCCCCGUCCGCGCCGCGUAUCACGCCAGUCCGGCGUGGCAGGCCGCAGACCGACACGGGUAUCCGGUCGACGCGUGA